AUCUAUCUAUCUAUUUAUCCAUCUGCACACAAUAUAUUUAUAUAUAUAUAUAUAUAUAUAUAUAUACAUAUUUUUAUUGGUUUAUUUGAGUGAGUGCAGUGGAUCUCUCUCUUCGCUGACGCUUCUGUGGGUGCUUUUUUGGCUGUACCAGUUGAGUGAGCGCCAUGGCCAGCUACGAGCUAUACAGGAAAUCCUCAAUCGGAAUGAGUCUCACGGACGCCUUGGACGAGCUCGUCACUAAUGGCACCAUUUCGCCUCUGCUUGCUGUCAAAGUGCUCAUGCAGUUUGAUCGGUCAAUGAACGAGGCUUUCAGCACGAAAGUGAAGGCUAAAACGAGUUUCAAGGGUCAUCUUCACACAUACAGAUUCUGUGAUAACGUUUGGACCUUCAUCUUAGAGCAGGCAUCCUUCAAAACAGAUAAUGAUGUUACAGCUGUGGACCGGGUGAAGAUUGUUGCCUGUGAUGCCAAGAUUCUUGCCCGUUGAGCUGGCUGGAAAGUGAAAUCAGAGUUGUAGAGCUCUGCUUACUCAGGUCAAAUUUUUUAUUUGUGCCAUGACAUGCCGAAAUCUUGCAGCAGUCGUGAGCUUGGACUACGUGAGGCAUGGUUAGUUGCAUUCGAAGAUGGGAACUGAGAGCGAAAUAAGUGGAGCUAUUUUUCCAAUGCGGUUUGCGGAUACUUAGUCGUGAAUGCAAAGAUGUCAAUGGAGCAGUUUUUGCCGGUGUUCACCUUUUUGCUUCUUCAAGCUGCAUUGAUACUCUACCGUUAGCAGAUUGUAGACAUUGCAACAAGUGGCUUGGGUAUCUCUAUCUCUUCAUUCUAAUGGAAAUAUUGGUAGACUAUUUUUCUUGAAAUGAGAGCAGUAGCUUUAGUGGAGUAAGCAACCUGCAUAUGUUUGCGAAAGGAGAUUUCUCUGUAUCUCCUCUUCCUUCGUGUAUAUGGAUAUAUCUUCGAUCAAUAUUUCAACACAUUCCAACACAUGUUUUUGUUUGUCUA